ACGCGCCAACCUCAUCAUUUCCCGCCAAAUCCUUCCCGCCAAAAUCUCUCUCUAAAAUCAAUCUUUUUUGUUACAGCAAUGGAGAGAGUUGUAGAGAGGGAAAGUAGAGUGUAGAGAGAGAAAGAGAGCAGAGAUGUCAGGUUGGGACGAAGGAGCCGUGUACUACAGCGACCAAGCGCAGUUUCCCCGCGGCGGAGCUGGCGCCGGCGAUCCCGAAACCACUGCAACCCGCCACUCCGCCCUUCGCAAAUUCAAGGAGUUCAUCAGAGGAUUCGAGAGCGACAAAAAUGUGUUCCCCUACAGAGAAAGCCUGGUUCACAAUCCUACCUACCUUCGCGUCGACAUGGAAGAUCUCCACGCCUUCGAUGCCGACCUUCCUGCCAAGCUCCGAUCUUCUCCUGCGGAUUACCUCCCUCUGUUUGAAACUGCGGCGGCGGAGGUUUUGGUGAGUUUGAAGUCGAAGGUAGCCGGAGAGACGGGAGAGUUGGAGGAGCCGAUGACCGGGGAAGUGCAGAUUCUGUUGACUUCUAAGGAGGAUUCGGUGUCAAUGCGUUCACUUGGGGCUCAAUUUAUCUCGAAACUUGUAAAGAUAGCUGGGAUCACCAUUGCUGCUUCAAGGACCAAGGCGAAGGCAACUUAUGUGACUCUAUUGUGCAAGAAUUGUAAAAAUGUGAAGAUAGUUCCUUGUCGACCAGGUCUUGGAGGGGCAAUAGUCCCUCGUUCUUGUGACCAUAUCCCUCAGCCGGGAGAAGAGCCAUGCCCUAUCGAUCCUUGGAUAGUGGUUCCUGAUAAAAGCAAAUAUGUUGAUCAACAGACCCUGAAAUUGCAGGAGAAUCCUGAGGAUGUACCUACUGGGGAGCUUCCUAGAAACAUGCUUCUAUCAGUGGAUCGCCAUCUUGUCCAAACCAUUGUACCAGGCACAAGAUUGACUAUCAUGGGAAUUUACAGUAUUUAUCAGGCAGCCAAUUCUUCCACCUCCCAUAAAGGGGCAGUUGCAGUUAGACAGCCUUAUAUCAGAGUUGUAGGAAUAGAAGAAGCUAAUGAGGCCAACUCCCGAGGUCCAGCUGCCUUUACAUCAGAAGAUAUGGAAGAAUUCAAAAAGUUUGCUUCAGAAGCAGAUGCUUACAAAAGAAUAUGCUCCAAGAUUGCUCCCUCUAUAUAUGGUCACGAUGAUGUGAAGAAAGCAGUGGCUUGCCUUUUAUUUGGAGGGUCAAGGAAGAAUUUACCAGAUGGUGUGAAAUUAAGAGGUGAUAUCAAUGUGCUGCUUUUGGGGGAUCCAUCCACUGCUAAAUCACAGUUUUUGAAGUUUGUUGAGAAGACUGCUCCAGUAGCUGUUUAUACAUCAGGGAAAGGCUCAUCAGCUGCUGGUCUUACAGCUUCGGUGAUUCGAGAUAAUAGCACUCGUGAAUUUUAUCUAGAAGGAGGAGCAAUGGUUUUGGCAGAUGGAGGUGUUGUCUGUAUUGAUGAGUUUGACAAAAUGAGGGCAGAGGACAGGGUUGCCAUUCAUGAAGCCAUGGAACAGCAAACCAUAUCCAUUGCCAAAGCGGGAAUAACAACUGUGCUUAAUUCUAGAACUUCUGUGCUUGCAGCUGCUAACCCACCAUCAGGACGUUAUGAUGAUCUUAAGACUGCUCAAGAUAACAUCGACUUGCAGACAACAAUUCUUUCAAGAUUUGACUUGAUUUUCAUUGUGAAAGAUAUCAGGAUGUACAGUCAGGAUAAGAUAAUAGCUAGCCAUAUCAUAAAAGUUCAUGCAUCUGCUGAUGCAACCUCUGGUGACACUAGAACUUCUAAAGAAGAGAACUGGCUGAAGAGGUAUAUACAGUAUUGUCGAACCGAAUGUCAUCCUCGCCUGUCAGAUUCUGCAUCCACAAUGUUGCAGAAUAAUUAUGUCAAAAUCAGACAGGAUAUGAGACAGCAAGCAAAUGAAACUGGGGAGGCAGCUGCCAUACCAAUUACUGUAAGACAACUAGAAGCUAUCGUAAGGUUAAGUGAGGCACUUGCAAAGAUGAGACUGUCCCAUGUAGCAACUGAGGAGAAUGUUUUGGAAGCAAUAAGGCUUUUUAAUGUUUCCACAAUGGAUGCAGCGAGGUCUGGAAUAAAUGAACACAUGAAUCUUACUGCAGAAAUGGCAAAUGAGAUAAAGGCAUGUGAUUGACACCCUCACCUCCAUUUUCUCUUUUCUUUGUUUCUUAUUUUUACUAACACUUGGGUUCCCCAUGAACAGCAAGCUGAAACACAGAUAAAGAGAAGAAUGGGAAUUGGAAGCCACAUAUCGGAGAGACGGCUGAUUGAUGAUAUGACCAGGAUGGGAAUGAAUGAAUCUAUUGUAAGAAGAGCUCUGUUAAUUAUGCACCAGAGAGAUGAAGUUGAAUACAAGAGAGAAAGGCGCAUUAUUGUUCGAAAAUCUUAAUUUGAUUAUAUAACAAAGGUUUACAGUCACUGAAUUUUGAUUUGUAAUGGUAAGGCAUCAACUGCAGUAGUAGGCUGUGGUUUGGAUGGCAGCCUUGUAGAGUGAUUUAUACUCCUACAAGCUAACGAUCACCAAUAUGGGCUUAGUUUGACAACAACAGAAUGGUUGUAUUAAGAUAUUGUUUUUUUCAAAAAUAUCUUCCAUAUGGUGUUGAAUUA